CGGAGAGAGGCCUUGUAGGUACAGACGCUGAGGCUCGGUCGGCUCCGAGGAGGGGCUCCUGCCCGGGUGGGAGUCCGGGGUUCCGCGCCCGCCAACCCGCGCCUUGCCCCCUCCCAGCUCCCGGGCCGACGGAAUGAAGAUCCAGCAAGUUUCCAGCAGUAACAGUCCCUGCUCACACAAGCCCUUUCAGCCACUGCUGCGUGUAUCCCUGUUCAAGUAACACUGAAAUGACCAUUAAGAAGUAGAUGCCCAGAUGCCAAAGUAAUGAAACAGUCAAUUUGUCAUAAAAGUAAGAUGCAGCUGUGGCUUUUCAACCAGAUUAGGACAAAAUUGUAUCUAUUUUUCUCAGAAGAGAAUUCCACAAGGUUAAGUCAGCAAACAAAGAAAACAUGGUGUUUUGAAGUAUGAUUAAACUCCUGAUGCUGCAGCAGAGGCUAAGAAUAUUAAUGGCCAGAUCUAGUGCUCACAUGGUCUUCUGAAGAAGCCAUGGGUAGCUGUUGUAGCUGUCCAGAUAAAGACACUGUCCCAGAUAACCAUCGGAACAAGUUUAAGGUCAUUAAUGUGGAUGAUGAUGGGAAUGAGUUAGGUUCUGGCAUAAUGGAACUUACAGACACGGAACUGAUUUUAUACACUCGCAAACGUGACUCGGUAAAAUGGCACUACCUCUGCCUCCGACGCUAUGGCUAUGAUUCGAAUCUCUUUUCUUUUGAAAGUGGUCGAAGGUGUCAAACUGGACAAGGAAUCUUUGCCUUUAAGUGUGCUCGUGCAGAAGAAUUAUUUAAUAUGUUGCAAGAGAUUAUGCAGAAUAAUAGUAUAAAUGUAGUGGAGGAGCCAGUUGUUGAAAGGAAUAAUCAUCAGACAGAAUUGGAAGUCCCCAGAACACCUCGAACACCUACAACUCCAGGGUUUGCUGCUCAGAACUUACCUAAUGGAUAUCCCCGAUACCCCUCAUUUGGAGACGCUUCAUCCCAUCCUUCAAGCAGACAUCCUUCUGUGGGAAGUGCACGCCUGCCUUCAGUAGGUGAAGAGUCUACACAUCCCUUGCUUGUGGCUGAGGAACAAGUACAUACGUAUGUCAACACUACAGGUGUACAAGAAGAACGGAAAAACCUCACAAGUGUGCACGUCCCAUUGGAGGCGAGGGUUUCUAAUGCUGAAAGCAACACACCAAAAGAAGAACCAAGUAAUAUUGAGGACAGGGACCCUCAGAUUCUUCUUGAACCUGAAGGAGUCAAGUUUGUCUUAGGACCAACCCCAGUUCAAAAGCAAUUAAUGGAAAAAGAGAAACUGGAACAACUUGGAAGAGAUCAAGUCAGCGGAAGUGGCGCGAAUAACACGGAAUGGGACACUGGCUAUGACAGUGAUGAACGAAGAGACGCGCCCUCUGUUAACAAACUGGUGUAUGAAAAUCUAAAUGGGCUAUCUCUCCCCAGUGCCUCAGGGCUCAGGAGAGGUCGUCUGCCGUCCACCAGUACCUCAGAUACCCAGAAUAUCAACAACUCAGCUCAGAGAAGAACUGCAUUGUUAAACUACGAAAAUCUACCAUCUUUGCCUCCUGUUUGGGAAGCCCGCAAGCUAAGUAGGGAUGAAGAUGACAAUUUAGGACCAAAGACCCCAUCUCUAAAUGGCUACCAUAAUAAUCUUGAUCCAAUGCAUAACUAUGUAAAUACAGAGAAUGUAACAGUGCCGGCAAGUGCUCACAAAAUAGAAUAUUCGAGGCGUCGGGACUGUACACCAACAGUCUUUAACUUUGAUAUCAGACGCCCAAGUUUAGAACACAGGCAGCUCAAUUACAUACAGGUUGACUUGGAAGGUGGCAGUGACUCUGACAACCCUCAGACUCCAAAAACGCCUACCACUCCCCUUCCACAGACCCCUACCAGACGCACAGAGCUGUAUGCUGUGAUAGACAUCGAGAGAACUGCUGCUAUGUCAAAUCUGCAGAAAGCACUGCCACGCGACGAUGGUACAGCUAGGAAAACUAGACACAAUAGUACUGAUCUGCCCAUGUGAGCCCGGAAACCAUUACAUUGUUUGCACCUUUGUGAAGUUUUAAAAAAUGAAGAUGCAAGUGCUUCAUUUUUAUUUCUAAACACUAACUCCUUUUAUAGACUGAUAAAAAAUUUUUUUUCUGACUAUUUCAUGUGCUUCUUUAAAGGGAAUUAAAAUGUAGAGCAGGUACUCAUAAAAGAACACUAAUUUCAUUCUAUACUACUCAUUACUGUACAGCAGCAUUCCCAUUUUCACAGUGCCUAUUUAAAAUGAGAAUUGAAGUGAGUGACAUGCUGGUCAAUUUUUAUUAAGAUUCUGGACUCAUGCAUAUCAUUCACGUCUAAGUCAUGGUUGGCAUUUAAAGCAUAUUAUAAAGCCUCUUGAUAAUGUGCAUUGCUAACAGAUAACUCUAGGCUUUGAAAGUACUCUUUGUAGAUUUACUAUUCAUGGUAUGUGACCUCCAGCAUGUAACAUGAGGAAUCCUUUAUUUCAUUAAUUGUAGGCUUUUUGACUUGAGCCAGGACAUAUGUAUGGAAAUAGAAGUACCACACCUCCUAUGUACCAGUCAGUUCCUUAGCCUUCAGCAUUUCUAGAAAGAGCCCUACGUUCGUGAACGUGGUUUGCUGUUGGUGUGUUGAAAGGCAAGAAAGAGACGAGAUUUUAUGUUUACUCAUCUCAUGGUGUCAUUUGAAAGGCGUGCCCAGAUAUCUUAGUCAGAAUUAUACAUAGGCUCAAGAAUCAGUCUCAGGUCACUUUAUCCAAAAACAUUUGAAAAUCUGAACCGUGAUCUCUUGAAAGUUUCUGUCCUACAGAUUAUUAACAGUAACAUUGUUUUCUGGAGGCAUUUGUGCCAUUAGAUUGCCAUUUACCUUCAAGUUUUUCCUUUGGUGUUUGGGAUGUCUAAUUUUGUUGCUUCAUGUCUUUUUCAAUUUAGGAUGUUUGAGUUUGUAUAUAGUUUUGAAAUUGGAUUAUGUGUUCAUUGUUGUUUAGUUUGCAUUUUUGUCAAAUUGUGGUUUUGAAGGUUCAUUUGGAACUUACUGUUAUUCUAUAACAGGGUUGCCCUUGUCCAGUAUUUAUUUAUAUGCCGUUUACUUUUCAAGUUGAUAAAAGCAUUCUCACAAUUUUAAAUUUCACUUGUGUUCAUAGGUGAUCUCUUAAGCAGCUGAGAAGAAAAAAAAAAGGAAGCUACUUUUAACAUGCAAAUUUCCCUAAAGGUACUGUGUUUUCUCUGUGGGCACUCUCCCAGCACUUUAGCAGUGAUUCCCUCAGUCACACGGCUGCAAUUGUACUUUGCCCACUGUAGUGCUCCUCAGCUCUGCUGUCUUUCACUCAUAGCUGGAUCUUGGAUUAUCCCUUGAUUUUAAUAGAAUGUUAAGAUUGUUGCCAGCAUAUCAGGUACAGUGGAAGUCUUAUAGCAAUGACAUUGUGUCAUAAUUUAGGAUUGAAAAUGAAUUGAAGUUUAUAUAAACUGAUGAGAGUCCAUAUGUCUAGCUCUUGGAAAAUCAAGAAUUUUCCAGUUUCCCAAAUCCUAGAGAAGACAAGAGAAGGUAGAGUGGAAAGAAGGUUGGAUAACCUUGCAAAAUAUGUCACUGUCUCCUCUAAAUAUGAGGAAGUUUGAGAUUUUGGUCUGGAUCUACCAGAUGUAACUAAGGUUAAUUUAGCAUGAAAAAGUUUCAGUCAUAUAGCAUCCAAUCUGUUCCAUAAAUGACCUAAUUAUAGGACAGUGAAUGGAUUAGCAAAAUAAUAGGGUGGGACCAUUAUAAAGAAAAUAAAUUAUUAAAGAUGUCUUUAUCAUUUUUAGUGCCACUGGUUUAUGUGCAUAGCAGAAUUUUCUUUCUUUUCUGUGAAUUUGGUGCUUACCAAAGUGUUCCCUCUUCUCUAAAAAGAUAGCAGUGGUAUAGGUAUGCAGUUUCCAUUUUAAUGUAUUGUUCCAUUUAUGCUUUAUUCUGAGUAGAUUGCUAAUUGUGCCAAAUUUAUGUGAUGAUUUUUGUAAUGUGGAAUAAGAGUUAUGAUGGAACCAGUGCACAUGGUUUUCUCCGAAACAAGCAGUCAAGACAGAACGUUAACCUCCAAACAAAAGGGCUGACCUAUUUACUCAUUUUGGAGGUUGGAUACUUUCUUUUCUUACUUUUCCUCAGCCUUUUCAUUUUUCCUUCCAGAUUCUGAUUCGUUUUUAUAUUUUUUAAGCAACUAUAAUAUAACCAUUGCAGUUUAUUCUUUCAAUACUGUGUGCUUUGAAAAUGAAAAUGGGACCAAUUUGUCUGUUAAGAAUUUGAUUUUUAGGUACUACGAGUAUUAGGGAAGAUGUAUACAACUGGUAUUAAUUUCUAGAUGUCUCUGGAAAUCACCUGCGUUCCUAUUUAAUUAAAAAUAACGUAGAACACUAUUUGUCCUCUGCAGUAGUCUAGUAAUGGGCAUUAAGCUCUGUCCUGGAAGAAUUGUACCAAUUACUAGGUGCAUUUUAGAAUGAGAUAUUUUAUUGGGAUAUAAUUGUGGCCAUAUGUUUCAGAUUUUCUGAGACAGACCUAAUUUUAGAUAUUCUGUUCUGUUGAUAGAUCAUGUGAUCCCACUUUUUGGUUUUGGAAAUAUAAUCAUUGAUCAUAUGCUUUCCCCCUAAUAGAAUCCUGUUUUAUCCAUGUAGAUCGUAACAGCUUUUAUCCCAGACCAGGGCUGGAAACUGAUGUGGGUAUUACAUGUGUUUUUUCUUAGUGUGUUUUAUUUCCCAGGUUCAUCUUCCUUUCAAAAUGAAAAUAUGGUGCCUUCCCUCCCUCCAGGAAGAUUGGCAAAUAGUUCCUUUUAUUUACUGCUGCUGUGGAGUGAUGAGAUAUGCACUUUACUUUUGAAGACUCAGCAAAAAGCUUUUCACUUCUCAGUAUAUCCAGAAUAGAUCACAUUUUGGACUUAAGAAAAUUUGCCAAGCAGUCUUUGUUUUUACAGAUAUUAAUGUUGACCCCACAGUUCAGUGUUGUGAGUCAAGCUAGUGUUUGUGUAUCCCCCCCCACCAAAAAAAAUCUGUGGCGCAAAGUAUAAAAAUGUACCUCAAUAAUGUUCUAUUAAAAAUGGGACAGGGGCCUUAUGUUUUCAUAAUUUCCCAAUAAUGUGCCACCAUAUUUUUGCCUCAAGGUAAAGGUUUUAACAAGCUAAAAAAUACAUCCCAUUUCCUCUUGUGCUGUUCCUAACCCAUAAUGUCCAAGUGUUUUGUGCAAUGUGUAGUGUGUGUGUAUAAAUAUAUAUAUGUAUAUUUGUAUAUACAUAUAUAUAUAUACAUAUAUAUAUGUAUAUUUGUAUAUACAUAUAUAUAUAUAUUCAUAUAUAUAUAUAUAUAUAUAUAUAUAUAUAUCUCUCCUUGAAAUAGACAUACCAUCAGAGACAACAUUCAGAAGUAACUGAUGUAUUGGCCUCUCUUUCUAAUCUCUGAUAUGUGAGGUAUAUGGUACUAAAUUACCUUUUCCCUGAUGUUUGCCAAAUUUGAAUAAAGGCAUUGGUACAAAAUCACAGAAUGUAUAGAAAAUGUUUUUGGCUUGAAAAAUUAACAAAUAUUUUAUGACAUACCACAAUAUACUCUGCCCAAACCAGCACCCUAUCUUUCCUGUUCUUUACGUCCCUUUUCCCCAUCCCUACGUCCUCUUUUUUUUUUUUUUUUUUGGUGUAACACAAUUAUUUUGUAGCAUCAUUACAAUUGCAGUUCUAUGACAAUUGGACAAUAAUAGCAUGGAAACGGACUGGUAUUAAUAGUACAGUAGUCACCAGUGUGCCACAUUUGCAUUGGUAAAUGCAAAAUACACAUUUUAUAAAGGACAAAUUUUGUGUUAUGUUUUUAUUUUCAUUACAUUGUAUAAUAUUGUAAGAUUAUGUAUGUCCUAAUUUGCAUUAUAAAUGUUUUUUUCCUACGUAAAGGCAUAAAUAUAGCAACUUUGUAUAAAGGUAGCUUAUUAGAUUUUUAAUUUUGUCUUUUAUAAAAAAUUGUCUAACAGUGGGACUACCAUUGCCAAAUUGUAUAUGAAAUAUGAAUUUUACCCCCUAUAGUUAAUUUCGUUUAUAAGCAUUCCAUAUUUCUCUAAUAAAAGACAUAAGUGAUACUGUACUAUGCAUAAAUUGUAUUUUAAUGCUGUUUCAUAUCAGCAUUUUAAAUUUUGGUUUGCAUUUUUAAUAUCGGCAAAAUUUACCACUGUUGAUUAAACCUUGUUGUAUAUGUAACAACAUCUUUUGCCCUCUAGCCCUCCCCACCCUUGUUCUCUAUUUCUCCCUGUCAGUGCCAACUUCAUACGUUUUGUAGCAUGGCAAUAAAAUAUAACUUUUACACUGAGGCCAAGUGUGGCUUUUUGGAGGAUGUGGACAUGGGAUGAUUAACCUCUAGUUGUUUUUUGCAUAUGACUUUUUGCCAUAUAAGCCAUGUUUCCAGGCAUGAGGAAGUUAUCGCGUAUAUGAUGUGAACGUGCUUUUAAGGACAAGUGUGAAUGUGCUUUUAAGCUUAAUUUUUGUCCUAACAAAUAAGAACUAAUUUUUUAUUUUUGGAAAAGUCAGUUCUUGAAGUACAAUCAAACCUUUAUUAACUGGAGUACUUAAAGAAUAAGCUAAUAAUUGAAUUUAGUUCAACAAGGGCUAAGCAACACAUUUUAAAAAUCCUUAUUUAUUGUAGAGUAUUAGUAUACCAUCCUAAAAAUUAUAUAUAAAAUAUGGUUUAAUUUUAGAUGAUUUAGCUUCUUGCAAUGACUUACUGUUGUCAUUCUGGCAUAAAUCUCCAUGACGAGGUACUCAAGUUGAUACUGGAAGCUGAGCUGACUAUACACUAACCUUAAGCAUUCGUGAAAAACUGCUUUGUUGAAUAAAAUCUGAUCGGAGUUCUUAUGGUUACUUUCCCCCUUAUUGCCUAAAGUAGAUUGCAAUAAA